UCUCCAUGGACUCGUCAUCCUCCCACUCCCCCUCCCCCUCCUCCUCCCGACGGCCUCCCUCGCAUCAGCGGCUGGUCCGGGCGCCAGUGCUUCAUCUUGCGCUCGGAUUCGGAAACCCUAGCGCCGGUGCCAACCUCUCCGUCGACGAUAGGGUGGCCCUGCUCCUCCGCGCCGCGUACGAAGGCUAUGCCCCCAAAGUCAAGAGGCUGGCGAAGCGGCUGGAGGAGAAGGCGGGGAUGAGCGUGGAUGAGGCGGUGGCGGGGGUCGAGGCCCCGUGGAGCAAGGGUCACGGGCCGCUGCACAUGGCGGCGUCGGCCGGGAAGGUGAAGGUGUGCAAGUUCCUGAUCGAGGAUCUCAAGCUUAACGUCAACGCGACUGGCACCGAUGGUUAGUAACUUGUUGCUAUUUUUGCUUUUGCGUGGCGCUCGUCGGGUGAGCGCUGGGAGGGAUGGGUUUGUUGUAUCAUGUUUUUUAGCAUGGGAAG